CUUUGACAUGGUAAACACAGCUCUUGCCUUGCCGAUUCUUGAUUUGAUGUCACGGUCUGUGCCACCCUGUCUGUCCGUCACACUCCCCGGGUAGAUGAAAGACUCAACUUCUUUGAUGGGCUCACCACCAACUGUGACGGGUAAUUGGACAGUGGUGUUGAUCAUCAAUUCUGUUUUCUUCAAAUUGAUCUUGAAUCUUGAUUGUUCCUGCUAAUGUUGUUACAAGGUGAGUUGUUUUGUCUUGCAUCUGACUGGUUGUUCGAAAGGAGAGCUAGGUCAUCGGCAAAAUCGAGAUCGUCGAGUUGCGUCAGGAGUGUCCACUGUAUACCAUUGUUCCUGCUUGAUGUGGUAGUCCUCAUGAUCCAGUCAAUAACCAACAGGAAGAGGAAUGGUGACAGCAAACAUCUUUGUCGAACUCCUGUCUUGACCUCAAAACUCUCGGACAUCUGGGCAGCAUGGGUAACCCUGCAUGUCAUGCUUUGGUAGGUGUUACGAAUACGAGCUUUUCGGGUACUCCAUAGCGUCUCAGUAUCUUCCACAGUGUCUCACUGUCCACACUGUUGAACGCUUUCUCGUAGUCAAUGAAGUUGAUAUAGAGGGGGGACUUCCACUCCAGUGAUUGUUCAAUGAUGAUGCCCAGACUGGCUAUCUGGUCAGCACAUGAUAUGUUGCGUCUAAAACCAGGCUGCUGAUCACGGAGCUUUGGGUCCACUGCCUCUUUCAUCCUCUCGAGAAGGAUCCUGUUGAGGACCUUGUCAGGCACUGACAGGAGCAUACUUUGAUAAGGCUAGUUUCAUGUCCUUUCGGCAUCGGUGGGGUGGCCUAUCAAGACCAGAAUUGCUCAGACCACAGCCGCAUUGACAAAGUUGAAGUCAAUAUGGAACAACAGAAAUAUCUCCAUUAGUUCAAAAAUCAGACUGAUGCGAUCGUUAGUUAUGUCAAUCUUCCUCUAUGCUUGUGAAUCAUGGACACUAAAAGUUGAUCUAUAAAAAAAGAGGAUCGAAUCAGUGGAAAUGAAGUGCUAUAGAAGACUCUUUGACAUCUCGUACAAAGAUCACAUCGCCAACGAGGAAAUAGAAACAUAUUGAUAACUAGACACGAUCUUGAAAUCGGUCCAUAUACAGGUCUCCUCACUCCAGUUAAAAGGCGCAAGCUGAAAUGGUAUGGACAUGUCACGAGGUCAUCAGGCCUUGCCAAAACAAUCGUGCAAGGCACAGUACGAGGCUGGGAUGGAUGGAGACGACUGGUUGUCAGAGCUACAGAGGCGCCUCUACGGACAUGAGUCUAAGGGAUCAAGGAUCGGAGUCGGAUGAACCUGUUACAUGUGUGUUUCCCUCUUGGUUGUAGGAAAUGAUUAAUAAGAGUCAAUGAGUUUCUCUCUAAAGUAUCCUCCGAGGCAUUGAAAAAUUACCUGAAACUAACCGUAAAUAGAAUUCAAUCUCGAUCGGAUAGGUCUUCAGACCCCAAGGAAGAAUCGGAGCAGGGAUGUACUACGUUUUUUCUUUAAAUGAUUUUGAUAAGACGGAUAAAGAUGAAAGGUCAGAGACUGGGGAGGUUUUGUUUCUCGUAUGACAUUCCUAUGAAGGAAAGGAGCAGUGACUCCGAGUACACGUCUUAUGUGUCAGAGCACCCAAGUGCAAAAAUAUGUAGGACUGCCAUUAGAUGGGUCUUAUCCAAGUAAUAAAAGGGGUUUCUGUUUAUCUGAAGACCAAACUUAUACGAUUUGCGUAAAAGAUAAAAGAAUUUGUGCAUCCAUACUGGAUGAGAAUAUUAUUAAAAGAAGGCAUUAUGAUUUUGACUACGGAUAACUCCGUUUACCUGAUCAGGAUAUAGGGCUCACGGCGGGUGUGACCGGUCGACAGGGUAUGCUUACUCCUCCUAGGCACCUGGUCCCAUCUCUUGUGUGUCCAGGGGUCCGUGCUUGCCCAACUAUCUAUUUUGUAUUGCUUUUAGGAGUGAUGAAAUUGAUUAUCUUCGCCUUUCAUGAGCUCAGCCGUGAUUGAUGUCUUGCAAAUUUUUUAAUAAACCCUUUGAGUAUUCAAAUACUAGUAGUGACAUGAAAAGGCUGAAUAUGAGCUUUAAGCUCCUGUUUACACAGAUCCCGUACGAUUCUUCAAGGGCUAUUUAUAUCUGAGGAAGAUUGACUUUCGCAAUAACCCCAAUUCAUGCUAUUACGUAUAUCUGAAGUUAUUUCAACUCUUUAACUACAAGAAGGGCUCUUUAUCUGAAAGAUAUGACCCUUAGAAUACAGCUACAGAAAAUAACUUUUAAGACAAUCUGCCAUUGGACCAAAACUUUUUGAUUGGAUCAAAACUUUCUGGUGGAAAAUACUAGUACUUUGAUAUCCUUUACAGCAGUGCUAAAAACUUGCAUGCUGCAAAAGAAACUAAGAGCUUUCGAGACAAAAAAAAAAGGAGAUGUAUUUACGGCAUUGAAUAGUAGCUCACAAGUUUCUUGGGCUGAUGACCACAUGAAUAGUAACCUGUUCGCAUUUGCCUUCUAUCCAGUUUUCCUGUCAUUAUGACAACCACAGAGACCGUUUAUUGUUAAAUUCCAACCAACACUACCUUGAUUUGCCAUCUGCAUUGGAGGACCAACAUGUUGAAUGAAUUCAGAGGAGUGCUCCUCUUUAAAGAGUGGUAUUGUGAACGGAUGCAUCUGAGAAGGUCUGGAGUGCUCAUUUAGAUGUCCAUCAGAUAGCAGGGCAAUAAAGUGCUUCUCAGCAAUCUCAUCAUAUCAAUUAGUUAGACACGGAGGCGGUACAUUUUCCCCUAAAACAGUUUUUACUUUGUGAGAAGGCGAGGAAAAUUGUCUUCAGAUGCCAUAAUUCAACAGUUGUCUCGAACAACAAGAAAGGAGGCACGAAUUCUUGAGUUCCGUGUCAGUUGACUUGAAAAGAUUUUUUUCAGUGGGCAAAAUCGGUACAAUGCAAGUCUCAGUACUGCUCACAUACUGGGGAAGAAAUAUAUUCUAACAGACGAUUUACCUUAUAAAUCUAUACAUUUCUUGUGACAAAAUCUUUUCCUACCAAAGUUUCUAACCUUUUGACGUUGAAGUUUGACAUAGAUUUAAGAGAAUGUAACCUGUGAAAUAUCUCCGGAACUAUUUAAGAUUUAAGGUAGAAAUAUAUAUCAUUGCAAGACCUUUCAUUUCAUAUAUGUUCUUUGAUCUUGUGACCUUUGAGUUUGACCUACUUUUAAGAAAAUAUAACCUAUAAAUAUUUCCAAAUCUAUUUAAAGAAGGGAUUUUAUUGUAUAUAAAUUCUUUAUGGUAAGAUCUUGUGAUACCACAGUGUUUGACCUUAGAGUAUGACCUACUUUUAGAAAAUCUUACCUAUUCAAUAUCUUCUGAACUGUUUAAGGUAGAACAUUAAUAAAAAAAAAUUAUAUAAAUUUCUCUUGGCUUGACCUUUUAUUCAUAUCAUGACGUAUGUGACCUUGACAUUCUCCCAGAACAGCAAGGUCAUGUAUGUUUGUCAUAUUGUAGUUGCGGCAUCCCCAUGUUGUGUGAUUUCAUGUUCAGUUAUGAAUUCAGACCCUUUGCAAAUUUUUAUGAGAAUAAAGAUCAUAAAAAAAGUCAAAACAGAUGAAAAACAACAGUGCCAAGGUGACUUAGGUGAGCGAUUUGACCUAGUUUUAAAAUGAAAUUACAUAUUUUCCCUAAUUCUUUGAAGAAAUUGUACGAUUUUGUCAUUCCUGUGUAGGAUAUAGCCAAUUGAAAGAAAUCGGUGGUCAUACUCUAUGGAAUCUAAAUCUACACGUAGGAGAGUUUGUCAUCGUCUGGUUUUAGAUAAAGUUUACUUGGAUUUUGUACGAAUAAAUCUUUUCAUGUUAUUAAUGACCAGUGUCAAAUGAUUAGUUUUUUUUUAAUCGCAACAUUGAAAAAUUAAAUCGCAGCCCCCAAAUUUGAUGUUGCACAAAACUCAGACGAAGAAACAAAUUGUUUUCAUAUUGCUCAACAACAGAUCAUCCUAUUAACUAAUUGCAACUGUUGAGUAACUUUGAAAAGGGUGAAUACCGGUUAUGAAGCUGAUCUAAAUCAAAUUGCUACGUGUUGUUUACUGUUGCAAAUACAUGGUAGGCAAGAAUAUAAAUCAUUGGAUAACAAAUGGCAUGUGAAGAACUCUUUCAUGUAAACAAAAGAAAAAAUUGGAUCCGAUUUACGGUAAAAGCACAAAUAUUACGAUACAAGCCAUAAAUAUUUAUCAUUCCAAACAAAAAUAUGCUUCAUAAUUUCAGUAGUCAAGCACAGUCUUAUUUCACUUUGUGCUGUGAACAACCUUAGCGUGAUGGAGUCCUACCUCGUGAUCUUAACAACUUUUCUUAAUUUUACACAUGUUAUUCUAGCAAAUCCUUAUUCGCUGCUUACAGGAAAUAAUUCCGGCAAUAUCGAGGGACUUGGAAAUAUGUCGUUCAUUAAGGAUGCAGAUAUUCUGCGGCAGAUAUUGAAUCAAGAGAGUCUUGUUCGCUUUUCUUUUGUUCAACAUCUUCAAACUCUCAUGAUGGACAUGCAGACAUGCAAAAACAACUACGACACACUGCGAAAAGAACUCAUAGAUCUUCGUAAAGAACAUCAGAGGGCUUUAGAUAAAAAUUCGCAAAGAGAAGAAAAAGUAGCGGGCUUAAAGACGACGAUGAGUGUGUUGUUCAGUUCUGUGGAAAACCUGAUGAAAGGACGCCAAACUAUAAAGGAACAACAAAAGCUGGCCGAGGGAAAACAUCAAUUGUUGUUGGAAAUCGUUAACAACACUAUCGUUGCUUUUAAUGCAGACCUGAUUGAGACUAAAGAACGGAUAAGAAAUAUGUCACUGUCAUUAUCCAUCUUGAAGAAAUAUAACAGCAUUUCCUUUUCUGUGUUAAUGAGUUCAGCGAAAACCUACAGUCCAGGUCAGACAUGGAUAUUCGAUACUGUAUUGGUAAAUGAAGGCAACCAUUUCAACGCUUCCUGUGGAACUUUCACAGCGCCCUCUGGUGGGACAUAUGUCUUUGCUUGGGCAACACUAACAAACCCAGGCAAAGCAGCUCAUCCCUCUCUGCGAAUAAACGGUGUGUACAAAGGUUGGACAGCCUUUAAUCAGAUAUCCUCUACUCAACAGAUCUACAGCAGUGGUUCAAACCAGGUCGUGUUGACUUUACAAGAAGGGGAUCAGGUGAACAUUGCGUCCAGCUACCUGGAAGCGUUCGCCAGGGAAAAGUUUUCAUCUUUCUCGGGAUGGAAACUGUACUGAAACAAUAUAUUGAUUUGAUAGUGAGUAUGAAGGAUGCUCAAUAUAUAUUUCUUGAAAGAAAUUUAUAUAGUGAGUCUUGCAAUAGAUAAUAAAUAGAAUGCCAACACAUA